AUGACGCGCAGAUUAACUUCUCCAUUAUCAUCAUCAUAUUCACCACAUCCGAACAACCUGCUCUGGCUGUUGUUCACGGGUGCGAGCGUGCUACCAUGGCAGGGCACCUGUGCCGCUGAAACAAAGUGCUACGACACAUGGGGGAAUGAGGACCCAGAUCAACAACCAUGCCUAUCUGGCUCAUCAGACACCGCGACCUGGUGCUGUCGCAAGACCGACCAGUGCCUGACUAACGGGCUUUGCCUCAGCCCCGGCCUGAAUAAUCUCAUGACCCAGCAGGGUUAACAAGAUCUGGGUGUGGUUCCUUUACUCCCCUGCCCCUCCAGCUUCGACGCCCGCACUGGUGCCGUCAAGUUCUGUUGUGGCCCUGAAGCCACCUCCUGCUGCGCGACCCCCUCCCUUUGGAUCACCAUCGCGACUGCCACCGCUAUUCCCUCCCGCUCUUCCUCUUCUUCAGCCUCCAACCAAACCCUCAAAAUCGGUCUCGGUAUCGGUCUCGGCAUAGGCAUCCCCAUCCUGCUCGUCCUCCUCGGGGUGCUUUACCUCCUCUGCCAACCCGUCCGUCGGCGCGGCUACGCUAAGUCCUCCUCGCGCGGCGGAACAAGCACCAACGGUGGCGACAAAAAUCGCAGAAGAAGAGGCCGCAGACAGUCGUUCGGCGACAUCGAUACCAACCCGCCACCCGCAAGCGAUGACGAAGCCAAUGCAACAGGGCGCGUGGAAUGGGCCGAUCAGCAGAAUUACCCCCCGCCGCCGCCAGCGACGAUCGGGUCUAUGGGGAGCUGGCGGUCUGCUUUCCAGUAUGGGUUCCAUCACCACCAGCAGCAUCAACAGCCGCCGCCUAGUCCGCGGGAGCUGGAUGCGGAGGAGCCGAAUGUUCGAUCGAGGAAGGGAGGGGGGUUAGCGAGAUUCAGAGCGGAGUUGCCGGCGGAUAAUGUGCCGAAGGAAGACAGGAGUGUGUCAAGGCAGGAGGGUAAGGGGAAUAAGGUGCCGGCGGAGAAUGUCGAGUUGCCCACGCCGGAUAGGGUCAGUCCGCCGCCGAGGUCGGAUUCGUUAGGGAAUUUGUUGAACAAGAAAGAAAAGGGGGAGAGGGUCGCGGAUGGUCAAUAA